AUGGACAUCAGGGAUGAGAGUUCCAUGUUGGCUACAGAAUUGAGUUCUCUGCUGGAUCCAGCAUUAUGCAGUGCUGUAGGUGACACACUUGUAUCAGACUCUUCAGUGUUGAUUAAUGAGAAAACUUCACAUCCAUUGAAGGUGUACUUGAGAGUAAGACCUUUUUCCAAAACCGAGCUUGCAAACAAUGAGUCCCAGGAUUGUGUAACUGUUGAAAACUCGGAACUGGUUUCUCUUAGUGCGCCUAAAGACUCCGCUGCAAUGAAAAACUGUGAAAGGGGAAUUGGACAAUCUGUGCACAAGUUUACUUUCACCAAGAUAUUUGGACCAGAGACAACACAAGCUGAAUUUUUUGAUGGCACAAUGAAGGAUCUAGUGGAUUCUUUUACCCAAGGGCAGAAUGGGCUUGUGUUCACAUAUGGUGUCACCAAUGCUGGGAAAACAUUUACAAUACAAGGCACUCCAAAAGAUGGUGGCAUACUUCCUCGUUCACUGGAUGUGAUUUUCGGUUAUAUCAGAGGUCGGCAGUACCCCAAGAUGACUCUAAAACCUUAUCUUGGCAAUGAUGUCAUGAAAUUAGACCCUGCACAAGUCAAACAGGAGGAAGCUGCAAAAGCAUCUCUCCUCUCUAGCCUGAAAGAGGAUGGAUUGAAGACUGUUCCAAGCUCAGGAAAUCUCCGGAAUGUGCCCACCAGCAAUGACGUUUCACCUAUAAAAGAUGGAGAAGAGGAAAACCUUCAUCAGUUCUCUGCAUGGGUAUCGUUCUUUGAGAUCUACAAUGAGUAUGUCUAUGACUUGCUAGACCAGUUCCCCUCUUCAAAAAACCAAAAGAGGCUGACCUUGAAAAUAUGCGAUGAUCAAGCUGGAAUUUCUUAUGUAAAAGAUUUAAAGUGGUUCAAUAUUACCAGCACAGAGGAAGCAUGCAAGAUACUACAAAUUGGGAACAAAAAUCGAAGCCUGGCAUCUACUAAAAUGAACCAACAGUCUAGUAGAAGCCACAGUAUAUUCACAAUCCGACUCCUAAAGCUAAGCAGUGGUGAUGAUCCCAGCGUUCUUGGAGUGUCAGAAAUGUCACUGUGCGACUUGGCUGGAUCUGAGCGUUGUAAUAAAACACAAACUGUAGGCGACAGAUUGAAAGAAGCAGGAAAUAUAAAUAAUUCUCUGCUCAUCCUUGGGAAAUGUAUCGCGGCUCUGAAACACAGUCAGAACCCAAAAAAAGCAAGCUAUGUUCCCUUCAGGGAAAGCAAGCUGACCCGGCUAUUCCAGCCCUUCUUUUCUGGUAAGGGUAAGGCUUGUAUGAUCGUCAACAUCAAUCAGUGUGCCUCUACAUAUGAUGAAACCCUGCACGUCAUGAAGUUUUCUGCUGUUGCUAAACAAGUUGUUCAAGUAAUUCAGCCCAGAAACUUUGAGUUCAUGGUUCCAAGAAUAAUUGGAAAAGAUGGUAAAGUCAUCACAGAGAUUGAUGCUGAUGUGUCUAUUGAGGAUCUUCUUUCUGAGGAUGAAGAGAUGGACAUGACUGUUAUGAGUCCAGAGGAUCUUCUGAGAAAAAUUGAAGAACUGAAGGAAAAGCUGAUGCAUGAAAGACAAAGCAAAUUGCUUUUGGAACUGCGGAUCAGAAAGGAGAUGGGUGAAGCCAUGUAUCAGCAGAUGGUUCAUCUUGAUGAGACCUGGAGUAAAAGGUUUGAAGACUUUAAAGAGACAACUGAGGAGCAACUGGAAAGCAGGCUAGAAAUGUACAAGAAAGCAAUAAAGAACCAUGCAUACCGUCAAGCACUGGAAGACUUGGAGGAGGAUUAUGUGCCAUAUGAAGAGUUCCAGGCUGAACAGGAGAAAGUAGAGGAGAGAGAUGAAAAGAUAGAACAACUUGAGAUUGCACUUGGUUUGAAGAAAGAGUCUGGUGAAGCCAGUACAGAAAAUAAUUCCAUGUCUGGAGCCAUUGACGCUUUAACCAAACGCAGCCAAGAAAAAGAAAAGAUCAUUGUCAGUCUGAAGCUGCAAUUACAGAAUAUUAAAGAUGAAACUGAUCUGAACAUAAGAAGACUGACUGGAGAAAAUGAAAUGAUGAAGCAGCACCUGAAAAUAAAGGAACAGGAGGUGCGCGGUCUCCAGAGCCUGGCAGAACGAGCCAUUCAGCUAGAGUCCUCUGUGACAGAACUUCAGGCUCAGCUGGAUGAAAGCAGGAAGCUUGUGUCGUCAAUAGAUGUGUGUGAACCAAAGCCUAAGAGGGGCCUGCUUUCUAAUAUUAGAAAUACCAUGACCGGCACGCCAAAGAAGACUAAGCCUUGCGAAAAAACAGAGGAAACCACGGGCCCAACAAGGAAAAAACCUUUGCUGUCUCGUAAAUGA